AUGCUGGUCAUCAACAGGUACCUCCUCCUGUGUGCAGGCUCAGAGCAGAGGAACCUGGAAUCCUCCUGUGCAGAGGAACCAUCACUGCCUAUCUGGCCCUGCUGCCUAGACCUCACCCCGGCCUGGCCCUGCUUCCUAGACCUCACCCCGGCCUGGCCCUGCUUCCUAGACCUCACCCCGGCCUGGCCCUGCUUCCUAGACCUCACCCCGGCCUGGCCCUGCUUCCUAGACCUCACCCCGGCCUGGCCCUGCUUCCUAGACCUCACCCCGGCCUGGCCCUGCUUCCUAGACCUCACCCCGGCCUGGCCCUGCUUCCUAGACCUCACCCCGGCCUGGCCCUGCUUCCUAGACCUCACCCCGUCCUGGCCCUGCUGCCUAGACCUCACCCCGGUCUGGUCCUGCUUCCUAGACCUCACCCCGGCCUGGCCCUGCUUCCUAGACCUCACCCCGGCCUGGCCCUGCUUCCUAGACCUCACCCCGGCCUGGCCCUGCUUCCUAGACCUCACCCCGGCCUGGCCCUGCUUCCUAGACCUCACCCCGGCCUGGCCCUGCUUCCUAGACCUCACCCCGGCCUGGCCCUGCUUCCUAGACCUCACCCCGGCCUGGCCCUGCUUCCUAGACCUCACCCCGUCCUGGCCCUGCUUCCUAGACCUCACCCCGGUCUGGCCCUGCUUCCUAGUCCUCACCCCGGUCUGGCCCUGCUUCCUAGACCUCACCCCGGCCUGGCCCUGCUGCCUAGACCACACCCUGGUCUGGCCCUGCUCGUGGUUCUGCUGUAUGGCUGAUCUGCCCCCCUGCAGUAGCAGCAGUAUGGAGGAAUGGCAGGAGAAACGAGGUCUGCAGACGAUGAACCUGCGGUCUGUGUUCACACUGGAGCAGCAGCGAGUCCUGGAUAGCUACUAUGACAACGGGAUGACCAAUCAGAGCAAGAGCUGCUUCCAGCUGAUCCUUCAGUGUUCUCAGGAGACCAAAUUGGACUUCAGCGUGGUGCGGACCUGGGUGGGCAACAAGAGGCGGAAGCUGGCCUCCAGGGCCGACCAGAACACAGGCAUGUCCCACUCCUUUUCCUUCUCCAAUCACAGCCUGGCUGGGGGAGCUGUGUCCAACCACAUGCUAACGGGCGGGGCUCUAGUGGCGGGCGCAAUGCUGACAGGGGAGAUGGCAGCAGCUCAGAAUAUCCAGAGAGGAUCCUCCCACCUCCCUCCAUCCUCCUCCUUCCCCUCUGCCUCCUCCUCUUCCUCCUCCUCUCCUCUCAGCUCUGUCAACAACAACAACGAUGUCAUCCUGACAGGGAUUUACUCUCUAGGCUCCACUUCUCGUUCCCAGCCCACUGUUAAGCCUCUCUCCUGUCACUCUGACUCUGAGCUCCCUGCACAUGUCCAUCAAACUCUGCUCAACCAAUCAGAGCACAGGAGGAAUAGUUCUGUCUCCUCCCCCCUCCAGCUCCAUUCUAGAUCGGGUACCAUGUCACUUCCUCGCUGUAAACCCCUCUCCCUCUCCUCUUCCCCCUCCUUCUCCUCAUCCCCCAGCCAACCCAUCCACAAUCUGUCCAAGAGGUGUGGUUUCACCACUGGUGGGGCAGGGUGGGCAGUAGGAAGGGCUGGGUCAGGGGGGGGGGUACCUCGGAGCUGGGCUAGACAGUAUGGUUCUCUCCAGUCCGGCCCCUGUCGCUCCCAGCUCCAGCCCACGCCUCACUCCAACCCCCAGACUCCCCAACCUCACCCCCCAAGGCCCCAUCCUUCCAAACCUCCCCCUUCAGACCACUCCCCCCGCAUUCAUCAGGUCUUCAGCCUAUUAGAGAGGGGGGAAGGGGAGGGACUAGGACAAGGACAGCCUUCUGAUAGCAGCAGGCAAGAGAGACACAGACAGUCUACCCGCCCCUUGGACGCUAUUGGCUGCCUCUCAAUCGCCAUGGAGACGGGUGAUGAAGAGGAUGAGUGGCGGAGGGAGGAAGAGUUAUCCAACAUGGCUGCCACGACCCACGGGGACCUCCAGAGAGGCCAGGGGGUGAGGGACAGCCUCAGCCCCAGCAGCGAACAGGGAUCUGGGGGUAGAGACCUCACAUCCCUCUCCCUGGUCCUCAGCAGCUCCAGGCCUGGUCCAUAUCCUCGGGACAGCUACCCAGUUACUACAACACUACAGACCUCCCCUAGUAUACAGACGUGGAUUGGGAACCGGAGGAGGAAGUACCGUCUGAUGGGCAUAAAGAUCCCGCCCCCUAAAGAUGGGCCGGCCUUGUUCCUGACAUCACAGGAAGGGGAGAAGUCUCCCUCUGCACUGAGUUCCGAUGGGGAGGGGCUUAGAACGCCCGAGCUGGGAGACAACCUAAACGAUGGAGCGUCCUUCUGUCUGUCCGAGGAUGGGACCAGUCAGUCGUACCAGAGAGAAGAAGAGAACGGAGUAGAGGAGGAGAGCAGCAGCGCCCCCAUGGCUCACAGCGUGAAGAUAGAGGUGAUUGAUGAUGAUGAUGAUGAUGAUGGUGUUGAGUUGGUCGGAUCUGAUAUGGAAAACAUGCAGAACCUCCUGGAGUUUAAGCUUGGGGAGGUGCAGUAUCUGGAGAGCCAACUAGAGAAUCAGAAUCAGAGAUAUUAUGAGUUGGAGACCUUCACCAAGAGUCUUCUGACCGCUGUAAGGACCAACAACCUGGACAGACAACAGGAGCUCCUAGCCAGUCUACCUCAGCCUGCAGAUCAGGACUGGGACAUGAGUCCAGAGGGAGGAGCCAACUCCAUCUCCAUAACAACACACUCUGCAGACAAUCACGAUUCCCCGUUGGCCGCCAGGAGCAACGACGAAACACCAUCGGUCAACCCCAACAAGGACCUCCCAUUGGUCUCUCUAAACGAAGACGGUUCAUUGAUUGCUGAGCUCAACGAGUCGUCUGUAUCAGAGGAACUAGAGACUGAGACCGGACCAGAGUGACUGUACUGACACACACAACCACUCCACACCCUGUGCCUGUGGAAGGAUCCUAAACUAACUGUGCUGGGCUCACAAUGCCUUUUCUAUUACUUAUCACUACGCCUUGUCUGGUCUAGUAUCAGACACAACAAUAAACAGACUCCAUAAUAACUGA